AUGGCUCCCUCACGCACUCGGACCAUGAAAAACAAGAAUGCCGGGCCAAAGACAUCCAGCGCCAGCGGAGACACGAAAAGAUCGGCCGCCAGCGGCGUCUCCAAGUCGAAGAAGGGCAAGCAGGGCCCCGUCGUCUCCCAGCAGGUCAAGGAGAAGAAUCGCGCCGCAUUGCUGCAGAAGCCUAAGAAGAAGGUGUACACUGCGGAGGAGCUCAACAUCCCCAAGCUCAACAUGAUCACGCCCGUUGGUGUGGUCAAGCCUAGGGGCAAGAAGAAGGGCAAGAUCUUUGUCGACGACAAGGAGGGAAUGAAUACGAUUCUGUCUCUAGUACAAGCCGAGAAGGAAGGCCAAAUCGAAUCCAAGAUGAUCAAGGCACGGCAAUUAGAAGAAAUCCGAGAAGCGCGCAGGGUCGAGGCUGAGAAGAAGGAAGAGGAGAAGAAGACCAAGCUGGAGAACAUGAAGGAUUCGCUGAGGAAGAAACGCAAUCGCAAGAGCUCGGGCAAGGAGGACGAGAGUCUGACCGAGGUCAGCUCAACGGGCACAAAGGCCACCAAGCCAAAGAAGAAGAGUGUUUCAUUUGCCUAG